UCGAAGAAAAAUCAGCUAAUGGAGAUGUAAAAUUUGUGAUAACUAUGGAAAUGAGCACUAGAACACAAGGAAAGAUACGUGCAUAUUCAAGUGAGGAAGAGAAAACGUACAAAAACUUCGGAGUAGAAAUACUAAAUUAGAUUAAUAGUAAUGUGUAUACAUGUUUACGAAACAGUGAGUCUUUGAUCCUGGAAUACACUUGUAUUACAGUGUUUCCUCUCAGGUCUUUCUCAUCGUGGUGACCAUCACUGCCGUCCUUAGCAGGCCAAGCAUACCAACAACCCACAGCCCCUCGCAGCCACCUUCCUCUCAUAGAAACAGUACUCACUACAGCUUAGUCUUCCAAUCACAUGUCGACGAGGACACGAUGAAGCAGACCGCUCAGAGCCCUCCCACCUUGAAGCCCGUAAUUGAGAGCACUGGAAAGAAUGGUGACAUGGCCCCAGACAAAUUCACUGAAAGCACUUUGCAAAAUUAUGCCAACUAUCCUACAACAGAAAUUGGGGUUGUUGAAAAACAUAUGACUGAGAAGCCUGCUAAUGUAGCUACUCUGAGGCUUCCCAUCAUUACUCCUGAAUACAUCACUAAGAACAAUACCGUGAAUAAUUUUGUUGGGGAUCGUUUUGCCGGAAAGGUUGGUGACUCGUCGACUGACAAGGGGUCAGAGACGACGGUGGAAUAUACCGUUAAGAAGCAUACUACUGAUAUUACCAUUCUAGACACAGACCAAAAGACUGAGAACUUAAUAAGCCCGAAAUUGACUAAUAUUCUUAAAAACAUAUUUCCUUUAAAUUCUCCGGCUGCCGAAAAAAAAGCUCCAAAAGAGGCUGCUGAGAAUGCUGCUCCUAAGAAAGUUGAAGAGAAUGUUCCUGUGGAGGUCACUGUGAGGGUUUCCGAGAAAGGAGUUUCUGAGGAGAUUAAAAAGAAGGCUAAUGAAAAGGAUGCUCCUGAGGCAGUAAAGAAGUAUACGCCUCAGGCUGUGGAUAAGGAGGAUCUUAAUGAGGCUACUAAAAAGACUCUACCGAAGGAGGCUUCUGAGGUUGUUAUCGAUAAUGCUACUGAGAAGGAUGUUACUGAGAAAGUUAUAAAGACAGGUGCUCGGAAGGACGCUCCUAAGGAAGCUAAAGAGAAGGAUGAUAUGAAAAAUAUUCCAAAAGAGGCAACUAAGAAGGAUGCUUCUGAGAAGGCUGUGAAGAAGAGUGCUCCAAAUGGGGCUCCAGAACAGGAUACUCUUCAGGAUGCAGCAGAAAAUUAUAGUGCUAAGGAGGCGCCGGAGAUAGGUGUACCAAAAGACUCUGACGACAAUGUUUUUAAGGAUGCUGCGAAGAAGGGUGCUCCUAAUGAUAUUACAGAGAAUGAUAUUCCUAAGAAAAUCCCGGAGAUGGAUGCUCUUGAGAAGGAUAUAGAGAAAAAAGCUUCUGAGAAGGUCCCAGAGAUGAACAACCCUAUGGAGACCUCGGAGGAGGAGCUGCCAGAGAUGGAUGCUGCUGAGGAGGCUCCAAAAAAGGAUAUUCUUGAGGAUGCUCCAGAGAAUGCCAUUCCUGAGGAUGCUCCUCAGAAUGUUCCUGAGAAAGAUGUUCCUGAGGAUAUUCCACAGAAUAUUCCUGAGAAAGAUGCUCCCGAAGAUGCUCCUCAGAAUGUUCUUGAGAAAGAUGCUCCUGAGGAUGUUCCUGAGAAGGAAGCUUCUGAGGAUGUUCCUGAGGAUGGUCGUGAGAAGGAUAGUCCUGAGAAGGAUGCUCCUAAGGAUGCUCCUGAGAAGGAAGCUUCUGAAAAGGAAACUCCUGAGAAGGAUGCUCCUGAGGAUGCUCCUGAAAAAGAUGUUCCUGAGGAAGCUCCUGAGACGGAUGCUCCUGAGAAGGAUGCUUCUGAGGAUGCUCCUGAAAAGGAAGCUCCUGAGGAUGCUCCUGAGAAGGAUAUUCCUGAAGAUGCUCCUGAGAAGGAUGCUCCUGAGAAGGAAGCUCCCGAGAAGGAUACUCCUGAGAAGGAUGCUCCUGAGAAGGAUGCUCCUGAGAAGGAAGCUCCCAAGAAGGAUACUCCUGAGAAGGAUGCUCCUGAGAAGGAAGCUCCCGAGAAGGAUACUCCUGAGAAGGAUGCUCCUGAGAAGGAUGCUCCUGAGAAGGAAGCUCCUGAGGAUGCUCCUGAGAAGGAUGUUCCUGAGAAGGAUGCUCCUGAGAAGGAUGCUCCUGAGAAGGAAGCUCCUGAGGAUGCUCCUGAGAAGGAUGCUCCUGAGAAGGAUGCUCCUGAGAAGGAAGCUCCUGAGGAUGCUCCUGAGAAGGAUGUUCCUGAGAAGGAUGCUUCUGAGAGGGAAACUCCUGAAAAGGAAGCUCUUGAGGAUGCUCCUGAAAAGGAUGCUCCACACAAUGAUGCUCCUGAGAGGGUUGCUCCUGAGGAUGCUUCAAAGAAAGAUGAUCCACAGAAUGCUCCUGAGGAUGCUCCUGAGAAAGUUACUCCAGAGAAUGAUGCUCCUGGGAAGGAUGUUCUUGAGAAUGCUCCAGAAAAGGAUGUUCCAGAAGAUCUUCCUGAGAAGGAUGCUACUGAGGAUCCUCUUAAGAAGGACGCUCCAGAGGAUGCUCUUGAGGAUGCUCCAGAGAAGAAUGCUUCUGGGGAUGCUCCUGAGAAGGAUUCUCCAGAAGAUGCUCCGGAGAAGGAUGCUCUUGAUGAUGCUCCAAAGAAGGAAAUUACUCUUGAUGAUUCCCCAAAGAAGAAUGCUCCUGAGGACGCUUCAAAGAAAGAUACUCCUGAGAAUGUUCAAGUGGAUGUUCCAGAGAAUGUUGCUCCAGAGGAUGAUCCUAAGAAACAUGCCCCUGACGAUGCUCCAGAGAAGGAUGCUCCCAAGAAGAAUGAUCUUAAGGAUAAUCCUGAGAAGGAUGCUCCUCAGAAGAAAGAUGCUCCAGAGGAUGCUCCUCAGAAGAAAGAUGCUCUUGAUGAUGCUUUUAAGAAGGAUGCUCCAAAGGAUGAUCCUGAGAAGGAUGCUCCGAAGGAUGCUCCUGAGAAGGAUGCUCCAGAGGAUGCUCCAGAGAAGGAUACUCUUGAGAAUGCUCCAGGGGAUACUUCAGAGAAUGGCGUUCCUGAGGAUGCUCCAAAGAAGGAUGCUCCUGAGGAUGCUCCAGAGAAGGAUGCUCCGGAGGAUGCUCCUGAGGAUGCUCCAGAGGAUACUUCAGAGAAUGGUGCUCCUGAGGAUGCUCCAGAGGAUCCUUCAGAGAAUGGUGCUCCUGAGGAUGCUCCAGAGAAGGAUGCUCCUGAGGAUGCUCCUGAGGAGGCAGCGGAAGAACAAGUUGCUAUGGAGGCUGCUGAAGGGGACGCUGCCGAGAAGGCCACCAAAUAGGAUGCUGAGGAUAUUCUUAUGGGGGCUGAAUAAAGAAAUAUUCUUGAGGAGAUUACUGAGAAGGUUGAUUAAAGAAAAAAAAAGGAUGCUUCAAAUCCGUUACGUACUCUUUCUGAGACUCACGUUUAGUGAACGCCUCCCUCAACACACACACACACACACACACACACACACACACACACACACACACACACACACACACACACACACACA